AGUGUGUGUUUUGUGAUCUUGUCGAUAUAUUUUAAUAACUCGUUAAUAAUUUAAACCUCCCAAAGUAAAAAUAUAAAUACAAGAAAAUAUAAUAGAAAAAAAAAAUGAAAUCAAUUUUAAUCACUGGAUGUAAUCGAGGUCUUGGCUUGGGUUUGGUUCAACGCCUGACACAAAUUAAAAAUCCACCAGAAAAUAUAUUUGCAACUUGUCGUGAUGUCACCAAAGCCCAGAAACUCAAGGAAAUUUCUGAACAUUGCAACAACGUUCAUAUUAUUGAAUUUGAGUUGACGGAUACAAAUAAUUAUGAAAAACUUGUUAAAACUGUUGCGGAUAAACUUGGUGAUGGCAAACUCAAUGUUUUGUUUAACAGUGCUGGAAUUUCAACAAAAUUUGCAAGAAUUGGUAAUGUCAAGGCUGAGCAGUUGACAGAGUGUUAUUUUAUAAAUACUGUUGUGCCAAUUAUGCUGACCAAGGCAUUUCUUCCACUCUUAAAAAAAGCUGCCAUUGGAAAAAAAGAAUUUGGAAUCGAUCGUGCAGCAAUUAUUAACAUGAGCUCGAUACUUGGGAGUAUUUCUGAAAAUAAAACUGGUGGUUUCUAUCCAUAUGCAUGUAGCAAAUCAGCAUUGAAUGCAGCAACAAAAUCAAUGAGUAUUGAUUUGGAGAAUGAUGGUAUUUUGGUGGCUUGUCUUCAUCCAGGAUGGGUUAAAACUGAUAUGGGUGGUAACAAUGCACCUCUUGAUGUUGAUACCAGUGUUCGUGAUAUAAUUAAAACGUUGCAAUCAUUGAAGAAAGAACACAAUGGUUGCUUUUUACAGCAUGAUGGAACAAAAUUGCCUUGGUGAUUCAUCAAAAUAAUUACGAUAAUUUUUUUUUUUUUUUCACAAUAAACUGUUAAGUAGUCCUGAUAAGGAUAAAUAUUUUUCAAAAAUUAAAUCAUGCAUUGUGAAUUUUUUUUCAAUAAUUAUGUAAAAAUGAUUUUUUUUUAAAUGUUAAAAAUAUAUUUUACGGAGUUUUUCUUGAUUUUUUAAAAUUAAAUUUGAUUAGAAAUAUGUGGUUAAAAUAAUAAAAACUUGGUAAAAUUGCAACAGGUGUAUCAUCCGGCUUAUU